UGUGUCGGUGCUCUCUCAUGAAUUUGGUACAAGUUAGGCAGCAGCUGAGCUCCCCCUUUAAUGCAGCUUCCACCCCCACCUAAAAUUUUCCAUUCACAAAGUUUUACCCUCGUUUUUCUCUCUCUGCAUUUUGGGGUUUUUGUGGUUUUGAGGAUUCCCAAGUCUCUAUCUCCACUGGGCUGUGCUCCAAUUUCAGCUUCUAUUUCGUUUCUUUCAAGAUUUGGGGAUUCUGUUUCUCGGUCUCUCAAUCCAAAUCAAUUAGUUGAUUCAUUACUCCCAUCCCCAUGUCUCUCAAACAAGCUUCACCACUCUGAAACCGAGCAUUUAAUAUUUCCCUGCUCUUCAAGGUGUUGCAGCCUCUUGCUGUUUCUUGGCGACAAAUGCUUGUCGGUUGCGCUGUCUACAACGCUCGCUCUCAUCAUAGAAAACUUUGUCCCCAAACCAAGUUAAAUCAGCUGUUUUCAGCUGUCGUUUUUUGGGCUAUUGGGUGUUGAUUUUCCUCACAAUUCUGAUGCUAAAUCCGAAGCAAUUCAGCUAGAAUUGCACUGAGAAAUUACAAUGUUGUAUCUGCUCAUCUCCUUCCUCUCCUUCCUCCUCCUCCUCCUCUCCAAGUCAUUCUCUCGCAAACGCCUGCCGCCAUGGGAGCCCAACAUGAGCUUCUUAUCUGCUUUUCUCGUCUCCUGGUUCCACAAAAGGAGCCUUCAUCUGAGCCUUUUUCAAGUUCUCAAUUCGCCAUUGAAGAACAUCCCGUGUAGCUCAAAACUAGAUAAGAAUGUAGAGGAGGAACUGAAAGAGGGGAGCUCCAUCGGCCUCUUGGAUCUACCCGAGCUGGCCCUCGAAUCGAUUCUGGACCGCCUUUCGCCCGCUGAGCUGUGUAAGAUGGCAACUGUGUGUUCUCAUCUGAGGGAUGUUUGUGGAGAUGACCAUUUGUGGGAGAAGCGGAUGAAGCAGAAAUGGGGGAAGUUGAUGGGUGAUUCUGCUCGUCAAGAAUGGCAUAUGCAUAUGCCGCAUAGAAGAAAAUCAAAGCCCUCAAUUCCAUCUCAGAAGAGGGGUUUGCUGAGUUCAUAUUUUGGUGGUUGGUGUUUGGUGUUGAUUAGACCAAAAUCAGAAUAUAAAAGCAAGAGCAGAAGAAGUUGUUUGCCAAUUGGUUCUAUCAAGGCUUGGUAUCUAUCCCUCGAGAGUGGCAAGCUUUGGUUCCCAGCUCAAGUGUACAAUAGACAGAAUGGUCAUGCUGGUUUCAUGUUGUCUUGUUAUGAUGCUCAAGUUUGCUAUGAUUCGCAGACCGACAUGUUUCGGGCGAGGUACCUACCUCAGGGACGGGCGAUAGAGGAAGAUAUUGAUUGGAACAGGGUGAGAGCAGCACCCAUUGAUAUCCCUCCUCGUGUUCUUCACGUCUCCGAUUGCUUAGCCGACUUGAAACCGGGGGAUCAUAUUGAGGUUCAAUGGAGAAAAAGCAAGGAAUUUUCUUAUGGCUGGUGGUUCGGGGUCGUCGCCCACUUAGAGGCAUGUGAUGGGAAUGUGAACAACUGCCACUGUUGCUGCAAUGAUAUGGUGGCGUUGGAGUUCGCUCAGUACAGCGUCGGGUCUCGAUGGAGAAGGACGGUGAUAAACAGGACGAGCCACAAGGAAGAAGGCAAUGAAGGAGAUGGGUAUUAUGGAGGAGUAAGGAAACUGUACAAAUCAGAGGAAAUUACAAGGUGGAUGUGCUUCUGGCCUAAUCGAGUUUUGGAAUAGAAUCACUAUAUUCAUUUACACUUUCAUGGCUUCUGUUUUCUUUGUACAUAUUUUACUUUUUCUUAACCCUCUCCAUUUUUCUCUCAAAUUGUGAGUUAUUUGGAGGCAUUGGCAUUCCUUGGAGAGACUCUCAAAUUUGGAGGUUGAUUCAUAAUUCGGGCUUCUGUUAUUUUCUCAUAUUUCAAAGAGAUUUUUUUUUUUUUUUAGUUCUGAGGGUAUUUUUGGAAUAUUAAUGGUUUCUAAGUUGUCUUUCUAUUUUUAUAGGUGACAAUGUACUCAUGUCAUUUGAUUUCAAAUAGCUUAGAUUUUGUUCUUGCUUCCCACCCAUUAGAAAUAAAAGAUCAAAUUUGAGCAA